AUGCAAUGUUCUAGGGAUAUGGGGUUGGUGUCAUACAGCCUGGUCCUCUGCUGGGUGGCUACCCUCUUGGUGCUGCAGACAGCUACAACAGAGCACCCCAAGUGGAACCAAAAUGGCAAAGCUAAAGUGUUUGCUGACCUCAGCGCCCAGGAGCUGAAGGCUGUGCAUAGCUUCCUUAGGUCCAAGAAGGAGCUAGAACUGCAACCAUCCAGUGUCCUGACUUUAGCCAAGAACUCAGUGUUCCUCAUUGAGCUGCUACUACCGAAGAAGCACCAUGUGUUGGAUUUUCUGAAUAAAGGAAAAAGACGUCCUGUUCGGGAAGCACGUGUCAUCAUCUUCUUUGGAGGAACAAAGCACCCCAAUGUCACAGAGUUUGCAGUGGGGCCACUACCAUGGCCCUAUUACAUGAGGACAUUGACCCCCAGACCAGGGCAUCAGCCAUCCUGGGCAUCCAGACCCAUCUCCACAACAGAGUAUGCCCUCCUUUACCAUGCCUUGCAAGAGGCCAUCAAGCCUCUGCAUCAGUUUUUUGAGGACACCACGGGCUUCUCACUCAAAACUUGCAAUGGCCAAUGCCUGACCUUCACUGAUGUGGCCCCCCGGGGCCUGGAGUCCGGCCAGCGCCGCAGCUGGUUUAUCAUGCAGCGUUAUGUGGAAGGUUACUUCCUGCACCCCACGGGGCUGGAAAUCCUCCUGGACCACAGGAGCACAGACGUCCGGCUCUGGACAGUGGAGCAGCUCUGGUACAAUGGCAAGUUCUACCAGAGCCCAGAGGAGCUGGCUCAGAAGUACGCAAACGGAGACGUGGACGCGGUGGUCCUCGAGGACCCACGGCCCAAGAACACGGAGGACCCGCCGCUCUUCUCCUCCUACAGUCCCCGUGGUGACUUCCCCACGCCCAUCAGCGUGGGUGGCCCCCGUCUGGUCCAGCCCCACGGUCCCCGCUACCAGCUGGAGGACAACGUUGUCCACUAUGGAGGCUGGAGCUUUGCCUUCCGGCUGCGCUCCUCCUCCGGCCUGCAGAUCCUCAACGUGCACUUUGGGGGCGAGCGUAUCGCCUAUGAGGUCAGCGUGCAAGAGGCUGUGGCCCUGUAUGGAGGGCACACCCCUGCAGGCAUGCAGACCAAGUAUAUCGACGUGGGCUGGGGCCUGGGAAGUGUCACUCAUGAAUUAGCACCUGGCAUCGACUGCCCCGACACUGCCACCUUCCUGGAUGCCAUCCACUACUAUGACAGUGACGAGCCCGUCCUCUACCCAAGAGCCCUGUGCCUCUUCGAGAUGCCCACGGGGGUGCCCCUUCGGCGACACUUUGACUCUAACUUUAAAGGUGGCUUCAACUUCUAUGCGGGGCUCAGGGGACACGUGCUGGUGCUGCGGACGACCUCAACGGUGUACAACUACGACUACAUCUGGGACUUCGUCUUCUACCCUAACGGGGUGAUGGAAGCCAAGGUGCACGCCACUGGCUACGUCCACGCCACCUUCCACACCCCCGAGGGGCUGCGCCACGGCACUCGCCUGCACACCCACCUGCUCGGCAACCUCCACACUCACCUGGUGCAUUACCGCGUCGACCUGGACGUGGCAGGAGCCAAGAACAGCUUCCAGACCCUGAAGAUGAAGCUAGACAACAUCACCAACCCCUGGAGCCCCGAGCACCACCUGGUGCAGCCUGCGCUCCAGCAGACGCAGUACUCCUGGGAGCGCCAGGCGGCCUUCCGCUAUGGACAGACUCUGCCCAGCCACCUGCUCUUUAGCAGCCCCAAGGAGAACCGCUGGGGUCACAAACGCAGCUACCGCCUGCAGAUACACUCCAUGGUCCAGGAGCUCGUGCUGCCCCUGGGCUGCCAGGAGGAGCGGGCUGUCACCUGGGCCAGGUACCCCCUAGCAGUGACCAAGUACCGGGAGUCUGAGCAGUGCAGCAGCAGCAUCUACAACCAGAAUGACCCCUGGAACCCCCCUGUGGUCUUUGAGGAGUUCCUUCGGAACAAUGAGAACAUUAAAGAUGAGGAUUUAGUGGCCUGGGUGACAGUGGGGUUCCUGCACAUCCCACACUCUGAGGACGUCCCUAACACGGCCACACCUGGGAAUUCCGUGGGCUUCUUGCUUCGACCCUUCAACUUCUUCCCAGAGGACCCGUCCCUGGCAUCCAGAGACACUGUGAUCGUGUGGCCCCAAGACAAUGGCCCUAACUACAUCCAGAGAUGGAUUCCUGAGGACAGUGACUGCCUGAAGGCCCCUGCCUUCAGCUACAAUGGGACCUACAAUCCUGUGUGA